AUGCCGGCCUGGACCGCGCUUGAGUACAAUGUUUCCGCACCCCUGAAGACCGGGCUCUACUUCUUGGCCCGGUUCGCCUUCGACGCCGACAGCGAGACCAUCUACGGAAACGGCCGCUACUAUGUCUCCUUCGCUUCGUCCAAGGGCAACCAGAUCUUCCUGGUCUAUCGCAACGAGACACGUUGGCAUCAGGCGCGCGACCCGUCGGACACCCGCCUGGACUGCCACGGGCGGGUGCAGCUGGCCGACGAGAUUUUCCACAUCAACGAUCCGGCUCGCCCCGGGGCCCUGGAUGCGCCGACGGCGGCCGGGGGCCUUGCGCUGGACCCGGCUCUGGCGGCCGGGGACCUGCGCCUGGAUGACCAGCCUCACGGGUCGUGGGCCAACUUCACCCUCAACCGGUCGGUCCUGGUGACCGGCCAGCCGCGCGGCACCUUCUUGUGCGCGCCCCCCUUCCGGCCUGACAUGAUGGUGCAGCUGCACCACUCGAAUGUGACGGCCCUCCAGUCGGACGGCACACAUCCCUCCCUGGAUGAGCGUCUGGUCCUGCCGAUUGUGUCCGGCUUUGCGGCCAUGGCUCUGGUUCUGCUGGUCCUCCACCUGGUGUUCAACAUCACCGUCGCCAUGUUCCAUGGGAUUUCCUCGCUCCUGACGCCGCUGAACAUGCUCUUCACCGUGGGGCUGUUGCUGGAAUUCAGCGGGGCCGUGCUGUCUGGCGUGCAUGCCGGCGGGGUGCGGCUGACCGGCAUCGCCGAGCCCUCGACCGAGGGCGCGGCCCGGUCGAUCGAGCUCAUCUCCCAGGUGGUCCUCUUUGCGUUGCUGCUGCUGAUUGCGCACGGCUGGCCGGAGCCGACGCCCCCGCCGCCGGAGCUCAUGCGGCCUGGGCUCCUGUCCUCGGGCGCCGGGGAUGGCGCCGACAUGCACGGGUCCGGCGGGCCCGGCGGCUUCAAGCGCUCGGCCUCGGACCACAGCAUCAUGGACUACCUGCACGGGGGGUCGUACUACGGGGCGACCGAUGCGGAGCUGGCCGGGCUCGGCCAUGGCGGCUCGGCCAAGCCGAAAAAGCGCUGGUUCAACUGCACGCCACUCAUGUCGGUGGGCAUUUCGGUGGGCCUCUACUCGUCCCUGUGCAUGGGGCUCUUCCUGAUGCAGUUCCUGUCGGCGGCCGGCGGUGGGGGCGGCGGCACCGUCGAGGACACCGGCAUCAGUGUGUUCCAGACGCUGGCCGGCUCGCUGCUCCUGACGGCUCGGUGCAUUUUGUACUUGCAGUUCCUGGCGGCCGCGCUGCGCGCCCUGCGGCAGUCCUACCGCCGGUCCCCCCGGGCGCUCUUCUUCCGCAACAUCACCAUCUUCUUCUCGGUUUGGUUCCUCUCGAUGCCGGUGGCCGCGGUCAUCCUUGCUUGCGUUCCGCUGCUCUACCGCGAGACGAUCUUCACCUUCCACAUGUUCUGCCUGGAUGUGGUGGCCUUCUACGUGCUGUUCAUCCUGUUUGCGCCGAUCUCCUCGCUGCUGACCGAUCGCCUGGGCAAUGUCGAGCGUGCGCUCCUCCGGCACAUCGAGCACCACUCGAGCACCACCACCCAGGGCGGCCUGUCGGCCGGGGCGGCGUCGCUCAACCAUGCCGGCCCCGGGCCCGGCGGUGUGGCCACUGACGGGACCGCCUCCAUGCGGACAUCCACCAGCUCGGCCAUCAGCAUCUACAGCGACCACUUCCCGCUGCCCGGUGGCGGGCCGGCCGGCGCCGGGCAUGGUCCCGGCGGGGCGGACGCCUCCUCGGCCGGGGAUUUGGACGACUUCCGGUUCAGCCCGCUGCAUGGGCUGCCGACGGAUCCGCUCUUCCCGAUGGAUGACGACCUGGGCCCGGGGGCCAGGGCGUCGGUGCACCGGUCCAGCCACCGGCCCAACUCGGCCUCCACCUUCCUGGCCAACAACAGCUCGCUCAGCACGGUGGAGGCCCUGGCCCUGGCCCUGCUGACUUUGUCCUCCAAGAGCCUGUCAUCGGCCAUCUCGGCCAUCGGCACCGAGUACCGAGCCCAGAUGGCCAUCCUGCCGCUGGCCGGGGAGACGCCCUGGUCGCGGCGGCGCGCGGCGCCGCUCUUCCUCCGCGGGACCGUGGCCCUGGCCAGCUUGGGCCUGGACGAGGCGCGCAUGGCCCUCAAGGCGCACAAAAGCCGGCACGGCCCGAAGUCGUCCAGCGGGGCCGGGGCCGGGGCCGGGGCCGGGGCCCUCGCCGACGGCAGCGGCCCCGGCCCCGGCAAGGGGGGUCGCUCUCACGGCGGUGGCGGCGGCCGCACCGCCGGCCAGCAGGGGCCCGGCCUGGCGGACAGCAUGCAUCCGCACGAUCGCCAGGCCUUCGAGGCCCUCGGGGCAAUGGAUGCCCUUGGCGGGCCCAUCCUGUCCGCCGAGGGGACUUCCCUCCUGCCGGCGGGGCCGACCGGCGGCCGUGCCCCCGGGCCGGAGCCCCCCCCGCAGUCGGCCCUCGGGUCGCUGCUGUCACGCAUGUCGGUGGCCCUCUUUGGGCCGGUCCCCGGCGGGACCGACCCGGCUGUGGUGUCCGACGGCGGGGCCUUCCUCGAUGACCCGCACUAUCAGCACCACCACCACCACCACCACCACCACCAGCAUCCGGCUGGGGAUUAUGAACCGUACACCGGCGAGCACUCGCCACUGGCCGCCAGCCACACCGGCGACUACCUGCCCCCCUUCGCGCACGAUGGCCACCAUCACCACCACGCGUCGCAGCCCUUCUCCUUCUGA